AUGAGCGAUUGGCCGCCCAGUUUGGAUGGUGCCAGGAUAGCCCUGGCUGAAAAGGUGCAGACAUUUGCCCCCACCCUCAGUAAGAUACCCCUGGUGGAGGCAGCAGAGGAACAUGCUGAACUACUCACUGAGCUGGCCAGGAACCUCUCCAGUGUGAUCUCCAACACCAACAAGGACGGUUUCAUCCAGCGAGCRGUGAACGCGUCCCGAGCGUACUCCGACAUCAUCGCCGGAGUCAGAGACGCUGAGAUUGCUGCCAACCAAGCUGCUGUGGACGCUCCGGAGAAUGUGAAGGGUCAGGAGCUGGGCCAGGUAGCUGACGGUCUGAGGAAUCACAGUUCUGAACUGCUACGGGAAGCUGUCACGCUGCAACAGGAGCUGAAUAAUGAUCUGAAGCCUCGUCUCCUGGAUGCCAUGACUCGUCUGGAUGAGGCCAAGCAGAAACACAAGACUCUACUGAAAGACCUUGAGAUGGUGCAGAGUAACCUCAACUUCAGCAGAGAGGAAACGGCUAAGGUUAUAGAGGAGGCGAAGGCUGCAGCGGAGGAGGCCAACAGUACAGCAGCGAAGGUAGAGGAUACCCUGGCCCCUAUCAAAGAGCAGGUGGACCAAUGGCAGCGGCAGUACGGCGACGCCAACACCACCAAUGAGGACAUAAACAAGGCCUUCCUGGAGGCUAACAAGUCUGUGGGUAUGUUGGGCGAGGCCAUCCCAAUACUGAUGAAGAAGCUAGACAAGCUACAGAACCACUCAGCCCAGAUGCCCAACAUCUCAGAGAACAUCCUCAGGAUCAGACAGCUCAUCGCAGGGCCCGCAAGGCCGCCAGCAAAGUGAGCGUACCUGUCAAGUUCAACGGGAACAUCAGGUGUGCAGGUGCGUACCCCCAGUAACCUGGCAGACCUGGCAGCUUACACCUCCCUGAAGUUCUACAUCACCCUGCCCGA